CUACUUAUGCUAUGUGACCAAGAUUUUCUUUUUUAUAAAAUCUCUCUGGAGUUUUCUAGCUACAAGAAGAAAUGUAUAGACAAGGUCAACUGAGAUCACGAACUAAUAUCGUGCUGAGAUGCAUUCUUGAAUUUAGUUGCCAACUCAUGUUUUUCAAAAAGUUACUGACCUACUCAACCCGAAAACAACUGGCAGACCUUGAUAUGUGAUGCUACAACAUCACAUUCGAUCUCGAAUGUACUACAAUAGAGACACUGAAAACUGAAAACCCGCGAAGAUCUUAAUUUUUAUUAAACAUUACAACAUACAAAGCGUAAUAAUGUAAUGGAGAAACAACGCAGUAUGUCGCGCAGUGAUAGGUUCAUGAACUGCGAGCUCUUCCAUUUGCAACGUAACGUACAACGAUCGUGCUGCAAUGUUUUAAAAAAGAAAAAUGACUAGAAAAGUAACUGUUCCACACAACUAGUUGACUGCAGCGUAUUUUUAAAACUGUCGAAUACUGUGCGAGUGUUGUAAGCGCCCGUGACUCCCAUGAUUUACUAUUUACCACGAAUUAAACACACGUCCAUGCUAUUUACUAGACCGAGGGUAGUCGUGACUAUCACAGGUCACGGUCGUUAACUAGCUCGUGAGGUCUUGUGACGCUGACCGUCUGCAACGCGCUUCCUUCCUGCCUUGUGUACGCAACAGCUUUUCCUUGUUUGUGCCUGAACACUUUAAUGUGACAGAAAUGAACGCAUCAGAAACUAUGUUAAAGGUCAUUCUAUUUGUACAUUUCAUCCUUAGUACCUGGGGAUCUAUGGGGAAUUGGAUACCAGGUACAUACCUCUAUGUUCAUGGUGUCUUUCUUGCUUGUGGAUUUAUGGCUAUAUUACUGCCCCAAUCAGUAGAUGCUGUUCUCAUGAUGCUGGCAACACUUGGUUUCAGUGUCUUGGAAGAUGUUUUACUUUUGUCACUUUAUGAGCCACGGUUUCCAGAUAUUGCACCAGAGAGCUUGAGGAAUGAGUUUCGAUUUGCCUUGGGCAUGUGCAUACUCAAUCUUAUCAUAAAACCCUUCUCUGGGUUCAUCCUGUGGCGAAUUCUAAUAGCUCGCAACGAGGACACAGCCUUCACUAUUCUUGGUAUUGAAAGCUUUCCAAGAUUUGGUGGUCAACAGAGAGGCUAUGAGAAUAUCGACAACAAAGUGCCUAAUCCAACAAAUAAUGUUGAAACAGCAACACCACAUUAUACCAGUCCACCUUCAAUGACAUGAGUUUUAAAGAAGAAGCCAAUGACCAUGGGAAGAAUUUUGAGAAAGCUGCAAAAUAUAACCAGUUGUUUUUCUCUUUCUGCAAAAUUUUUGCAAAAAAAAAAAAUAAUGCCACUCCAUUCCACCUGUUAUCUUUAGUCAGUAAAAAAUCUGGCACAAUCGGAAUAGAGUAAGGGACAACACAAUGCACAAUGUUUCUCUGUGUUUUAGUGAUUGGAAACCCUGUACUGAUGCAAGCUUUAUUCCAGCAUUUUCAUUACAUUUAUAAUACUUGUAAAUAGAUUUAUGUUCAAUGCAAGAUUUCUUGAUACAUAUAUGCUGAUGAUAUGGCAGAGGUAACAACAUUUGUUCUGGUAGUCAUUUGUCUGGUAUGCAUCAAAGUUCACUUUAUUGCCCAUUUCUAACCUGUAAACAAGACUAUAGCACCUGGUUUUAUCCCAACUGAAGGAUUUAAAAUGUGCAUGGAUAAUUUUGUUUGGGCCUUUUAGCUCAUAUAGAUAUACGUAUCAUGACAUGAUAGACACCUUCAGGCAUGGUAAAACAUGGGCAUUCUGCAAGAUUAGAUUUACUGCAUUUUAAUUUAAAAAUUCUAUCAUAAAGUGUCAGUACACCUAAAAUCUGCUUUUUUAAGUGUUUAUCAGUUACUGUAGGUCACUAGCAUGCAUAUUCUAGCAUCCAAACCAAUUUCAAAUAUUGGGAGUGUAGUUAAACUUCAGUCACUUUUCAUCAUUUGUUGGUCGAAUGGCAAACACAGCUCCUUUCAAUAUAUUUUGUAAGCUUACAUGUAUUUAUUCUUAUGCUGUUCUUAUUAAAUCAAGAGAUAAAGGAUCAUUGUUUCCAGUUUUAAAUACAUCUUAAAAUGAUGGUUCAAAUGAGUGUACACUAAUGCAAGGGAAGUCAUUUCCUUUGUGAAAUCUAAAGCUACAUGUCGGAUUACUUCCCCUAUUAUGCUACUAAAAAUUAGUGACCAAAGCAUCUCACCUUUUUCAUCACUAGUAAUUCAUCAGGGUCAUAAUUUUUUUUAACUAUAGAAUUGCUAAGAAUCUUCCUAAGCUUUGGCUGGCAUAAAGAAUGUUGUUUCUUUGCAUCUUGAUAAUUUCAUCUUACUUUUGUGACCUACAUUUAUCUUUUGUUAAGUAAAAUAAUUGGCAUUUUUAAAACAAUAUUCUGAACAUAAUAAUAAUUGGGAUCACUUGCAAAAAGGUUUAUGGAUUAACCUUAUGUUCUGAUACAUUGUAUGUAUACUGCAUUAAUCAAACACUGUCCAUCAGAAAUAAACAUUCAGGACUUGCAAUUGCAAGAUUAUUUUUAUACAUUUUUCCCCAAAAUAAUGAUUAAACACUUUACAUGUGUUUUCUCCAUGUUGUUUCGUGUAUUUGGCAGUAAUUAAUUAUUGUAUGUCAAGAAAUCCCCAGAAAUAACUAGAUUCUCGGUUAAAGUGAGCAGGACAAAAAUUUAACCUUUUGAAAGUUAAAAAUGUCCUCCAGUAUAUCUUUGUAAGAGUUAUGGUCCAUCAAAAGAACACUGAAGCUGUAAGAUAAUUAUGCAUUCUGAGUUUCUUUGUUUUCUCUUUUUACUAGUAAAUAUUUUGUGAGAAUGGAGAAAGGGGUUAAUUCAUUUGGUGUGAAAAUUGUAUUGAACAGUUGUGCACCCUUUGACGUAUACUUUUAAACAUCUAGUCAAGUAAACUACUAAGUAUUCCAAUGUUGCACACUCUGUCUUGACUUUAGUCUAACAGUACUAUGUCAGUAAUAAGCAGCUGCUCUUUAAUUUUUUGAUAUUAUAUUAUUAGUGACAGAAACUUCCAAGAGAAAUCUAUAGAUGCUGUAAUCCCCUUUCAGUGAGAGCACUGGCCAACCACAACACACUGACAAACUGAAAUAUUUGUAGGUUUUUCCUGUUGUGCCUAUGGCCUUUGGGCAAAUGCCUUUGUCUUUCCUGCCCAGAAUUUUAAAUUCCCCUUCUCCCAGACUAUGUAGCCAGAAAAAUAAUAACAAAGUUGGCUUGCAUAGCACCUUUUCUUCCCCUUCGGACAAGUUCAAGGUGCUUCCCCUAUGACAUGUUGUGACGUGAUAUAGAAACAGUACCAGGGUAAAAACUAACUUUAGGAUCAUCACAAUUUUUUUCAAUGGGUACCAAAGUAUAGAACACUUAUAUUUUGUUACUGUCAUUUAAGUCUAUUCUUUUUAUUAUUUGUUAUCCCUAACUUUUAUCAUAUUUUUAAAAACUUUUUUACAAUUGUUCCACUACAUAUUUAUGUAAGUUCAAUAUCUUCUUAGCAUUCCACUGUUAAUUGGGUAUAAGUGUUCAUUAUGUUCAAAGGAGACAUAUUAUAUAAACACAAAUAUAAUGGUGUACUUUUCUUUGCAGUUCAUUUGAUUUUUAUCUUAAAAAAUUUUAUAAAAAUUUAUAUAUUUAAGUUAAAGCUAUCGUCAUGUUUCUCCCAAGAAUGAGUUUUAAAAGUUGGUAGCAUUGAUGAGCUCUGAGGUUCAUGUACAGUGAGGAAUCAUGCCACUCAUCCUUUGUUGUCAAUGCAGUCUGUCAGUUGUGCAUAAUAACCCACUGGGCCCUGGCAAUUUACUGCAGAGUUCUGCUGUUUGAGAUGGCAUGUCAAUUUUUUCUGUUUUAUUAAGAAAUGACUGGGCAAAGGUUUGUCUUUCCUUAUUUUGGAUGGGAUAUUUUACUUUUGAGUUUGUUUUGGGCAGUGAUGAAAAAGUGUUGCAGGUGCACGUUUGUGUGUGUGUGUGUGUUGGUCAGAUGUUUUGUUUUAAAUAACAAAAUAUUGAUAAAAAGAAAUCCAACUCUUACAAUCUGAAAGAUGUAUAUAAUUUUUGUUAUGUUCUUGUAAACUCAGAAAAAAUAGGUUUACUACACAAAAUAUUGGUGCUUCUUAAUUAGUCAGGCUUUUUAACAUUAAUUUCUUUCUGUUCUGUUUAAAGUACAGCUUAUUUUAAUUGACCAUUUAGCUGUUUGUGAGACAUUGUUGUGACUUUCUGUGUAUUGUGAAUUUUGUUGGUCUGUGAUUUUGGUGCUUGCAUCUUACUAUAUUCCUAUUGCUGUUGAUUACGGCAUUAGUUUUUGUACAGUUUAUUACUGAUAAACUUUUAAGUGAGUUUAUUAAGUGCAUGAACAUACAAAUAUGUAUGUAUGCAUUUGCAUGCUUGCAGGCACACACACAAGGAGUGUGGUGUGAUUAAAAAUUAUUUGUGAGGAAAAGAUGUAAGAUAUUUCAUUUAUGCCUAAUGUUCUUCCCAGCUUAAAUUACUUUUGCUCACAAUGCCAUCUAUAUUGCUUGGCAUUUUGCUGUCAUGGACUGUAUUAGGAGCAGAAAGUAUAACACUGUUUGCUGCAUAUAUAAAAAUUCAUGCUCACUGGUUUUCCUUUUCAAUAGAUACACAAUAUAAGUUGUUAUUUCAAUUUUUUUUUUUAAAAAGAAAAGUGAGUUAUAGAGGGAGUCACAAAAUACAGCAUUUUAGGUGGAGCUAUUGAGGCUUGAAUUGUUGGCUCUUGAAGAACAGUCAAGCAAAAUUUUGUGAAGCUUGAGCAUUGUCUAUUAUUAACAUCUGGUUUGUGGUCAGAACACAGCUGCUCUUAUUUUUACAUCUUUUAUAUCCAUCUACUAGUUAAUGUUUUUCUUUCUUUUUGAAAGACAGGUGCUAUAUGGAGUUAAACACUGUAUACUGAUUUUUUUUGUGUGUGAGUCUGGUUGUGCAAGAUGGGGCUGCUGUAACUCAAGAGUUGGUGGGAGGGGAAUAACUGGGAAACAGGACUGUUUGCAGGAAAAAAAAACUUUUGGGGAAAAAAGUCAGAAAAUGCUGAUAGUUACGUCACAGUCUUUCAGCACCACGUUUACUCGUGAAGAAACAAUGAAUCAUUUUGCAGAAAAACACCUGACGGUAGUGUAUUGUACAAACCGUACUGCAGAGAAUAAAGGUGUCUACGAGGUGGAACUUUGACUCAGUGGCAGAACGUACACCUUCAAACAAAUUCUUUCGUCAGACCUGCUUACAAGCUUUUCUCACAUGAAGCAGGUCGGGAAGGAGGUGGAAGGAAGUGGGGGUUGGGAAUGGGUAAAAUGAAAGCGUGCAUUUAAGAGGUCUGUUAACAGAAGCGAGCUGUAUGUCUUCAAGUCGGUUUUCACCUGCAUGUGUGGGGUGCGAACGUUGAUUUAAAUGCCGUCCUGCUGCGUGAUAACCAAAUGACUGUUUCCUCAGUGUGUGUGUAAAAGGGGGUAGUGGCUUUUUAAAUAAAUCAAAUAUGCAAUCGGAUGCUUUGUUACAAGCCUCUUUCGGCGUAUUCUAAUAAAAAUGCGAGAAACUU